AAAAAUAAAAAUGUCAAUAACAGUGUCGAAAGUGUUUGUGCCGAUGAAGCCCGAACCAUAAUUCUUCCUCCUUCCGCAACUUCUCCUCUUCCUCCUACUCGCUGCUGAAUUCGAGAUUCGAGCUACGGCAAUGGAUUCCAGGACGGAGGUGGAGGGUUCCAUGUUCGAGACGAGCCAUGUCCUUGGUGCUCUCCUUGCAUCUUCCCCUCUGCUGGCGCAAGCCUGGACCCGCUGCCUGCGUGCCAAUGCAGGCAGCGCCAGCUUCGUCAUCGAUAGGAGCGGCGACGCGGUCUUCGUCGCCUUCUCCGGGGCGCAAGCCGCCGCUUCGCCGUCUGGCCUCGGCGGAGGGUUCUUCGAGCCUGUUCCCCUAUGCAGCGGCACGCACGAGCUCUUCGCGCCGCUGGGAAGAGGCGAAGAGGACGACGGCGGGAAGCCGCAGCCCGUGCUCCUCCAGGCCGACGCCCUCCGCUUGUUUAUGAGCUUGUACCACACCUCCGAGUUCCAGCUGCUGAUAUCAGAGACCCAAAACAAGUCGGUAGUACUGACUGGCCACUCUGUGGGAGGUUGUGUGGCCACCCUUUUGGGCCUUUAUUUCCUAUGCUCGUCGUUUGUUCAGCCAAACGCUCCAAUGCCUGCUUCCCUUCUGUGCAUCACAUUUGGGAGCCCAUUGAUAGGGAAUGAGACACUCUCCCGAGUAAUCCUUAGAGAACGAUGGGGUGGAAGGUUCUGCAAUGUUGUCACGCAGCAUGACAUCAUGCCAAGGCUGCUCUUUUGCCCUCUCAACUCCAUGCCUAAUCAGUUUACUACCUUAAUUCACAAUCUCAUGCAGUCAAGGUACACCUCAAUGCAUAAUCCUCAGUGCUCAAAAUCCAAAUCGCACUUGCCGGAUGACCAGAAAGUAGAGUUGUAUCAAUAUAUAUCUGCGCAUAUCAGUGAAGCUGCAGUGGCAGAGCAAAAGCAACACAUGGGCCCUUAUCGACCAUUCGGAAACUAUGCUUUUUGCUCCACAGAAGGUGUGGUAUGCAUGAGUGAUCCGCUUACUGUUUUGAAGAUGCUCCACUUGACAUUCAUAACAAGUGAUGCAAGCAGAAGCAUUGAAGAACAGCAUGUUUCUUAUGGGGAUCUCAUAUCAAAGAUAUCAGAAAACCUACAAUUCAAGAAGAGACUCGACUUUGGAGAGUAUGAAACCAAGUCUAACUAUAGCAUGGGGGUCUCACUGGCCCUGGAGGCAUCAGGCAUUGGAGUCCAGGACACGGGUGCCAUGGAGGCGCGAGAGUGGCUUGAAUUGAGCAUGUGUCAAUGCCCGAAGCAAAAUAGUGCGAGCCUAGCAAUAAAGCUAGCCAAGGUGACUCCACGCCGUGCUCAGAUCGAGUGGUACAAGGCCUUGUGUGAUGACGACAUGGGCUACUAUGAUUGUUUCAAGCUCCGGAAGGCCAAGCGCGAUGGCAAGGUCAAUUUGAACCGCAUCAAGCUUGGGCAAUUCUGGAACGAGCUACUCUCCAUGCUGCAGGACAAUAAGCUGCCACACGACUUCCUGAAGCGCGACAAGUGGGUCAAUGCUGCUCAGUUCUACAAGCUCCUAGUCGAGCCCCUGGACAUUGCUGAGUACUACCGGUGCCAACUCCACAAGACCAGGGGCCACUACCUGAGCCAUGGCAGGGAGAGGAGGUACGUGGUGUUUGACAAAUGGUGGAAUGAGGACAAGGAGUCGUCUAAGAAGGCUGCCGACCGGAAGAGGAGCAAGUUUGCUGGCCUGACUCAGGACUCAUGCUUCUGGGCCAAGGUAGAAGAGGCAAGAGAGUGUCUCAAGAAUGCUUGUGGUGAAAAGAAUCCCACUAAGUUGGUGGAGCUUUGGCAGAACAUCAAUGGCUUUGAGAGCUACGUGAAUGGGUUGAUCGAGAGAAAGGAGGUGUCGAUCGAUGUGUUAGCCCCGCGGUCAAGCUACAGCUUGUGGGUGAAUGAGCUGAAGGAGAUGAAGCUGAAGCAGGCACGCAGUCUACCUUCUUCCUCUGUUCUUGUUGGAGUAACUGGAGGCAUGUAGUCUGCAGAACCAUGAAGAGUAACUGGUGGUAUGUAAUUAUAUUUUGAAAUUAGCAGUAGCAGUGCACUUUAUACUUUGAAAAAUUAGCAUUAAUGUUCUUAAUCAAUGAUAAAUUAUCAUUAGAUAAAAUCAUAGAAUGGGGUUUUUAUAACUGUAUCCCUGAUCUGAUUACAACGUCUAGUCGAAUAAUUGUUUGUGUAAUGAUUGAUGAAAUUUAGUUAUGCCAAAGCUAAUUGUCAAUGUUAA